AUGACCAUUAUACUGCGGUUCCUUCAGCGCCAUAGGGUUCUUGGCCUUGUAAAAGUUAACAGAGGUGUACAGAAGCUUUGUAAGCCAGCGGUUUAUUCAACGGUUGUAGAACGGAAAUUAAAUGGUGAUAUCUCGGUAUUAUCCCCAUACGAACAGGAAUCAAUUCAUCAGGUGAUGAUGGAUAUCCAAGAAGCUCGAUCGUCCUACCAGUCAGCAAAGCUGGACUUGGCGGAUACGAUUACAGAAGAGAAAAAUAUUAGAGAAUCUCCCGAAGCGUUGUUUGGCAGAAAGAAGUUAGGCUGGGUUAUGCUUCCAGAAUGGUUAAAUUUAGCCGUUUCAAACAUUCUAGCAGGUUAUGAUAACGAACUGCUCCAGAAGGAUACAACACGUAUAUACGAUUCGUUGAGAUCAACGACAGGAUACACCGAAUCAUCUUUGCAGAAAUACGAUUCUCAAGUGCCCAUGUUUCCGCAAUGCAAAAUGUCAAAUGAAGGCUUUAAGAAAUCUUUAACAGACGUUCCCAUACAUCCUCAUAUUCUUUCUUAUGGCGUUCGAGAAUCAAUGGCAUAUAUUGCUGGACUUUUGCCUAUAACGUUUGGUCCAAUAUAUAAUGUACUUACAGAGUUAAGCAGAAGAAUACCUACAUUUACACCACGGAAUAUUCUCGAUUUCGCGACCGGGCCCGGCACUGCAAUAUGGGCAUCGCAUGAAGUAUGGGGAAGAAAUGUAGAAAAUUACAUGGGAAUAGAUGUAUCAGAAGCAAUGAUUAAGAUGGCGGAAACACUUUCAACGUACCAAGUCAGUGAUCAAGGCAUAAAGAACGUUGAAUUUACUCAGUAUUUAUCAUAUAAGUCGAACGAGCAUAAGCACGAUAUGGCAAUAGCUCACGCAAGACAAAAAAUCUUGCAAAUGGAGAAUAAGAAAACCGAAUCAAACACUAUCGCAGAUGCAGGAACAACAGUUGGACCAGUAGUGGGGGCGCAUGUUGUCGCACCGUGUCCUCAUGAUGGCAUAUGCCCUUUAUUGAAUACGAGAAACUGGUGUCAUUUCUCUCAAAAGAUAAAUCGACCGACUUUUCUGAUGAAGAUCAAGAAUUCUAGGCUCAAUUUUGAAAAUUCGAAGUAUUCUUAUGUCAUACUAAGGAAAGGACCGCGUCCAACUGUCAACUUAUUUGAUAGUCAACAACCAGAUUAUAUAGAUGCAUCUUACGAAUGGCCGAGAUUAGUCGCGUCUCCAAUGAAGCGUCAUGGUCAUGUGGUCAUGGAUUAUUGCUCGAAGACUGGUCACAUCGAAAGAAUGAUUAUUCCAAAAUCACAAGGUAAAAUACCAUACAGGGAUGCGAGAAAAGUCGCAUGGGGCGAUCUCUUCCCUCACAACCCUAAGAAACCUGCAACAAAGCGAUGGUCACGGUCCAUCAUACCAGAAUUGGAAUACGGUCUGGAUGGUGCUGAUACAGGGGAAACGGUUUCUGAUUUAGAAACGAUAGACUUAUCAGACAAUGUUACAAAUAUGGAACCAUUACCAAAAAUUAAGCAGAGAUCAGGAAAGAAUGAAAGAAGAAAGCCUCAGAAGUCAAAAACAGUGUGGAAAUAUGAGCCUUCGGCUGAUCAACAAUCUGCAAAAGGGCAGAGGCAUCGAGAAGCCCUUGAAAAUAGACGUGUUGACGCUAAGCAUAUCGGUGAUGAGUAUGAGUAUAGCAGCUACGAAGAGUAUGAUGAUAAUAUUGACAUUGAUAUAGCCGUAAAAAUUGAAUAG